AACAGUGCCAGCAUGUCAAACUUGACUUUUGUCUACGUGUUCCCCGUCGCGCUAGCUCUGAAUAUUUUCUUCCCACAAAAAGUAACACCACCCGACAACGGGUUCAAAGUAAGAUUCCUAGAAAAUAAAGCUUUACUAUGGCUUCAUACUUCUGUCAUCUUGAUCACAGUCCCGCAGCUGUCGCUCGGGUUGGCUGCUGGAAUCAAAACAUUCGAAGAGGAUUGGUACAUUAGCUCGCAAUUCCUGAUGUCAUCAUGUCUCGUGAUGUUGUUACUGUUUACUGACCUGGUGGCUAAAUGCUGCUCGCAUUUACCUGUAACACUUCGAGGCAUGCUUACACAUAUAAUAUGUCUCACGCAGAAUUUUGUGGACAUCACCAUAGUCAUGCUGUUUCAUGACCUUCCUUCUGUAUCACAUCCGUUCACGCUAGCUCAGUUCAUAUUGACCAUGACGAAAACUACCGCCAUCAUAUCGAUCUUGGCAAUCUACGGGUCUUCUCGCCCAGGAAAAAAAGAUCUCGAGUUCGAAAGACUCGCUGAUAGUAUCGCCACACAUGAAAACGGAGGCUAUGGCACCAUCACAUCGUCUAAUGAAUCUCAUCCUCCACCCAAAAGCCAGAAACCAAUCUCACAAAGCGCACCGGCACCGGGAUUCGAGCAGUUCUUCAAGUAUAUUUGGCCAUCCCAUCCAUCGUCUCUUCGCGUGCUUGUCGUUCUUUGCUUUUUACUGGAAAUACUCCAGCGUGGAAUCAAUGUAUUCGUGCCACGCACUCUCGGCCUGAUCAUCAAAGACCUCCAGCUCGGCGUGUCCCCAUAUUUGCACAUAUUUCUAUUUGUGACAUUCCGUGCCUGCUCAGGAAAAACAGGCCUUUUAGGCUGUCUGCGCUCACAAUGCUGGGUACCUAUUGGGCAGAACACAUACCGACGGAUCACAUUGUCUGCCUUUGAGUGGGUUCUCAACUUAUCGUUAGGAUUCCAUCUGGCCACCAAGCUCGGGAUUCUGACCAGCGCUUUGAGCAAAGGUGCGGCAAUUGAUCAAUUUCUGGACUUUCUUCUCUUCAGUCUGGUGGGAGUGAUUGCAGAUAUUGUGCUGGCUGUAGGAUACUUUCUACUGUUUUUUGACUUCCAGUACGCAAUGAUCGUCGUUUUCACGUCGUGGGCGUAUGUCAGCGCAACAGUGUACAUGGCCCUCUAUCGAGGAAAAGCGAGACGCAAGAUGGUGGAUCGUAGCCAGGAAGUGAACGCUGUUCAAACCGAUGCGCUCUCGACAUACGAGGCUGUUCACUUAAAUUCGGCUCUUGAACUCCAGUCAACCAAACUGAGCGAGAGUAUCAAAGAGUACCAGUUGGGAGAGUUUGCCGUCUUGACAUCUCUCAAUGCGCUCAAUGCUAUCCAGACUCUUCUCUUUUCGCUGGGGAUUCUGGCUGUUUCACUACUGUGUGCAUAUCGAACGAGGCAAAGCGAGAAUCGCGUCGCUGACUUUGUCACAAUUGUGACGUACAUGGUUCAGCUUCAGCAACCUCUGGGAUUUUUGGGUAGCGUGUAUAAUGUUGUGCAGAACAGUCUUGUUGAUGCUGAAAAAACUAUGAGUUUGUUCCAAGAAAUGCCUUCCGUGAAAGACCGCGAUGAUGCCAUUGAGCUGCAGGCGUGCCGUGGGGACGUAACGUUUUCCAACGUACACUUCUCGUAUACUCCCGGCUGUCCGACGAUCCACGAUUUCAGUUUAACUAUCCCACAAGGUCAAUCUGUUGCUAUUGUCGGCGAAAGCGGUAGUGGCAAGAGCACUCUCCUCCGACUUCUCCUUCGAUUUUAUGACGUUGAUCAAGGCUCAAUAACCGUUGAUGGGGUAGAUAUCCGAGAUGUGACUUCCGAAAGUUUGCGUAGAGCUUUUGGUGUUGUUCCCCAGGAAACAAUAUUGUAUAACGAUACUCUCAUGUACAAUGUGCGUUAUGCAAAUGCCGGUGCGUCCGAAGAGGAUGUGUACCAAGCUUGUCGUGCAGCACGUAUUCAUGAGAAGAUUGAGUCGUUGCCUGAAAAGUACGACACCGCGGUUGGAGAGCGUGGUUUGAAGCUUUCUGGGGGGGAAAGACAGCGAAUCGCCAUUGCAAGAGUUAUUCUACGAGCACCCAGCAUCGUUAUUUUGGAUGAAGCGACAUCUUCGCUAGACUUGGAAACCGAAAAGCGGAUUCAGACCUCUUUGGAGUCCGUCAGUCGCAGCAGAACAUCUAUAACCAUCGCUCAUAGACUAUCCACCAUCGCACAGUCCGACGUAAUAGUGGUUUUACAUAAAGGCUGGAUUGUAGAGAAGGGCUGCCAUGCCGAUCUAAUGGCUCUCGGUGGAAGAUAUUCCCAAAUGUGGGAAAAACAGAGCGAGAUACGAGAAUCACCCACCCACUCUGAGUGAACCUCGUAGUUCUUUCUGGCCUUGAAAUGUAGGCCUCAUCCAGGAAAUUGUGAAAAACUGUUCUCCACGAAUUUCAUAAACGCGUUCGGGUACAUUGUAAGAUAGCAAUAUUUCGCGCUGGAGUUGAACAUUCCGAAUCUUAUGUUUCCACCUUUUUCUCGCAUCUGAAUCUUCAGAAAAGAGAAAGUAAUCAUUCUACCUGUAAUGAGAUGUAUGUU